AACAGUUUUAUUUACGACAGCGGAAGUACAUAUUCCACGUGACUAAAUCCAGGAAGUGGAUUUGCAGUCAACAAUAAAAACGAUGGCUACUCCAGACUGGCACCUGUCCUUGAAGCUGGUGGACCAGCCAAAAUCCAUCUUCCACUUUCCAGAGAUGAUGGCAGGAGACGUUCCACCCGGAGGAUACAGGGUUGCGACGUUAAAACAACUUGUGGCAGCUCAACUCCCGGACUCCAUCCCUGACCCUGAACUAAUAGAGUUGAUCCACUGUGGGCGGAAACUUAAAGAUGAUCUGACACUGGAUUCCUGUGGGAUUCAACCAGGAUCCACUCUUCACAUCCUCAAAAAGACCUGGCCAGAGCCAGAGAGCAACCCAGAGCCUGUGAAUAGAGCAGCUGCAGCGAGGGAGUUCAGGGUGUUUCAUGCUGCUCUUCACUCUCUUAACUCCUCCUACAGAGACUCGGUAUAUAAAAUGUUAACAAAUAAAGAGUCCUUGGAUCAGAUCAUCGUGGCCACCCCAGGGCUUAGGUCAGACCCAGUGGCCUUAGGUGUGCUCCAAGACAAAGAUCUCUUUGUGCAGUUCACGGACCCGAGCAUGCUGGAUGUAUUAAUCAGCUCACACCCAGCGCUUGUCAAUGCCAUCAUCCUGGUCCUGCACUCUGUGGCGGGCAGUAUGCCCAGUCAGUCCAGUGCCAGCUCCUCUCGAAAUGUCUCUGCCAGCUCCUACAGUGACAUGCCAGGAGGCUUCAUGUUUGAGGGCAUGUCUGACGAUGAGGAGGAGUUCCAGUCGGGAAGCCCAGCAGGACCCUCCAACAGAGUCGGAGCCUCAGCAGGAAUGCGACCAGUGUCUCUGAGCCACAGUGGAGCGACGGGCCCUCGACCAAUCACACAGAGCGAGCUGGCAACAGCGCUGGCCCUCGCUAGCACUCCCGACAGCAGCGCAGUCACUCCUACGACAACAAGCCAGACUGAUCCCUCCAGUGGCGUUGGUCCAAUGCCAGCAGGGACCCCAGUCAGCAACGACCUCUUCAGCCAGGCUCUGCAACAAGCCCUGCAAGCCACUAACAUGUCCGCUCUGCAGGGCCGCUGGCAGUCCCAGAUGCAGCAGCUGAGGGACAUGGGGAUCCAGGACGAGGAGCUGAUGCUGAGGGCACUGCAGGCUACAGAUGGUGACAUCCAGGCUGCCCUCGAGCUCAUAUUCGCUGGAGGCCCAGGACUCUAAAGGCCUUACUCGAUGGACAUAAAGCUUCUGUGGAGAGAGAGUUCAUAACGAUGCUGCUCAGAGAGGAUAAAUAAUAACAUACACUUUGUAAAUGUUAAAGUACACAUAUGUUACCGUUUCAGCUGAGCCCUAAAGUCAUGACAGAUUUUUCAUACUGAUGUGACCAGACUUGUAAUAAAUUUAAUAUUGCUUACCUCAUAAA